GAAAUGAUAAUUGUGAAUCCUCCUUGUUAACUUUGGGCGUGAAUGAUUGGCAUGCAUGGCAUGUUCCCCAUCCAAUGCAUCAUCACAUACACUUUCUUCAUUCCAUUAUUAUUUCUUAUUCCCUUCAUGCAAGCCUUAGUUUGAUCCCACUGCGAAAGAUCUAUCAGAUCAGAGAUGAAGACCCAAAACGAGGACGACAAGAAAGAUCAUCAUGCAGAUCAUCAGCAAGCCAGCAGUAGGCUCCCUCCCGAUCUGCUUAAGGUUUCCCAGGACAUUGAUCAUUACAUCUUCAAUCUCUGGAGCUCCCGAUCCGGCGCCGACUCCAAGCCCCCCGAUGUUCCCAUCUGCGUCGAACAGUUCGCCGUUCUUCUCGAGGAGAUCAUCGACGAUUACACCCGUACCAGGGGGCAUCCUUUGAAAUGGAGCCAACUAAGGGACGACGAAGCCGCUACGUUUCUCGAAUCCACAAAUCGCAUCUCCAAGCUCUCCAAAUCCCUCUGCCAUUUCUCUUCCGAGUACAAAUACGCUUACUCCAUCAGCCGUAUCGGCGGCGUUCUCCAGCGCGCGAUGUCCUACUUGGAAGACGAAUUCAAAUCCUAUCUGGACGACUGCAAGGCGCUCAAGAUUAACCCGGACACCGGCCCCGCCAAACAGCAUUCCAUCGUCAAACGAGACGACGACGGCGGACAUGUCCCGGAAGAUCAGGAGGCUGCGCCAGAUCAUAGUAAUCAUCAUAGUAACCAUAAUAAGGAAUUAUUAGAGACGAACAAGGCGGCGGGGGCGGGGGGUAGUGGGUGUUAUUCCGAGGAAAUCAUGUCGAAUUUGAAUAAACUAGCCAAGGCGUUGAUGUUCGGAGGGUACGAGGCGGAGUGCUGGCACGCGUAUUUCGUGGCUCGGCGAAACGUGAUGGAGGACAGCCUGUCCAGGAUGGGGUUCGAGCGGCGGAGCAUAGAUGAAGUACAGAAGACGAGCUGGGAAUGCGUGGAGAGGGAGAUCGUGGCGUGGCUAAGAACAUUCAAGUACUGCACCACCGAGCUUUUCACCUCCGAACGUAAACUCACCGCCACCGUCUUCAGCGACCACCCUUCCAUGUCCGAGAGCAUCAUCAGCGACCUCUGCCGCUUCACCGUCAUCCAGCUCCUCCACUUCUCCAACGCCGUGGCCGUCACCAAACGCUCCCCCGACAAGCUCUACAAGUUCCUCGACGUGUACGAGGCCCUGCGGGAUCUUCUCCCCAGCAUGGACACCCUGCUACGGCCCCAAUGCAUGGAGGAGCUGAAGGCCGAGACCCUCAUAACCCGCUGCCGCCUGGGGGAGAUGAUGAUCAACAUCAUCCAGGAGCUGGAAAUCACCAUCAACGCGGAUCCACCUAAGAACCCCGUCCCCGGCGGUGGGGUCCACCCGCUAACCCGCUACGCCGUCACCACUAUAGAAAACGCCUGCUGCUACAAAGAAACGCUGGAUCAAGUGUUCUUGGAGCAUCUGCAGUUCCAACAGCAGAGUGGGGGUGGGGGUGAGGUGGAGGUGGAUCCCACAGGCUCAGGGGCAGGAGAAUCGCAUCAUCUUUCCCCCUUCGGAAUGCAGAUAGCGAGGGCGAUGGAGCUGCUGGACGCCAACCUGGAGGCCAAAUCAAAGCUGUACAAAGACCCAUCGCUGAGCAUGAUCUUCAUGAUGAACAACGGGCGACACAUAUUACAGAAGGUGAAGGAAUCCCCAGGAGCGAGUAGCCUUCUUGGGAGCGCGUGGAUAAAGAAGCGGUCUUCGGAUCUAAGACAGUACCACAAGAACUACCAGCGGGAGACGUGGGGGAGACUGAUGCAGUGCCUGAGCGUGGAAGGGCUCAUCUCCAGCUCAACCGGGAAGGUGCACAAGCCAGUGUUGAAGGAGAAAUUCAAGAGCUUCAACGCGGUUUUCGAUGACAUUCACAAAACCCAGGCCAGUUGGGUGAUCAGCGACGAACAGCUUCAAUCGGAGCUUCGGGUUUCCAUUACCAACAUGGUGGUCCCCGCCUACAGGUCAUUCAUCGCCAGGUUUAGUCAGACCUUCACGCCCGGGAGGCAGACCGAGAAGUACAUCAAGUACCAGGGGGAAGAUCUUGAAAAGUAUAUCGAUGAGCUUUUCGAUGGAAGUGCAGCAGGGAAGAAGAAAUAAUAAUAACUUCAUUCUAAAUUGUGAAGACGUACAACAUACAU